AUGCCCGAAGAACUUCGGAGGCGCCACAACGGCCAGCCACAGGCCUGUGAGCCGUGUCGCAAAGCCAAAGUGCGCUGUGACCAUGCGACCCCCAAAUGUUCGCGCUGUAUCACAAGGAAUCUGAACUGUUCUUACCAUCCGGCUCCAAUGACGAAACGUCGAGCGCUGUCCACCCGAGGACCCACACCUUUGGGGACGUCAACAAUGGCAGAAUUACUUACAAUCGUUGUGACCCCUGCCCAUUUCGAGCGCCCGAGCGAGACUGCAGCCCAGGCACGGGCUCCUUCAGUGCCCCUUGCGGAUCCUGGUUCCACAGGGACCUCGGCAGCAUCUGCGACUUCCGGCGGACCCAAGCGAAAUACUCUUUUCCGGAAAAAGGCUGGUCAACAUGAGACGACUCGGUACUCCGCCGUCUUUUCAGAGAAUCAAGAUAGUUUUGGCCCAGCGAUUACAGAUACUGCGAUCUCUCAUGAAAGCCCAUAUCGAGACAAUGAGUCCACCGCUUGGCCCCGGAUGGAGCUGGCCCUCAGCACCCUUCUUCACUUCCCCACGGCCCGUACGUGUGAUAUGCUGGUUACAGGUCUGCAUCAUAUUCAUGAUGUCUGGGUAUCUCCAACCAUGAUUCAAAGUUGCCUCGAACAAGUAUGGACCGAGUACGCUGAUUGCUUGGGCGAGUCCCGAACGCGAGAAUCAUUGAUGAGAAUGGCAAAGGACCUUUUCCUCAACGAUGAAUCAAGCCCUCCAUCAGGCAACCAUGAAUCCGAAGAUAUCUUUAAUCCUCCUGGCUGGAUGAACUGGUUUGGCGGACCGAGCCUAAGGUGGGAAAUGCUCGGCAUUUUGUUCAGCUGGGCAGGAAUGGCCUUCAAGCAUAAACAAGAAUGGGAUCCGGUUUUUGAUCUACCUGAACAGCAGGGACGGAAUCGACAUACCGCUGCAGACAAAAUGAGGGAAUGCGCUGCUGCUUGCGUGAAGUUAAGCGAGGACUACUUCGAGAUCAGCGACACCAUGGUGAUAUGCCUAAAGAACAGCACUAAGUUACAAAGCAUGAUCAUCAGCGACGAGAGCGACCGGACCCGAGUUGACUAUGGAACCGUGAGAAGUGCUUUUAUUGCCGCAGGACUGCAUCGCCUACCCGCCUUUAAAGAAGUGACACCCCUCUCUCAGCAUCGGUCGUCGCUAGCGUCAUCCAUGUACUAUCUUGACAAAUGUGAAAGUCUAUACAAUGCCCGACCUCCUAUGCUCAGUCGGCACUACUGUCAAUGUCCCCUUCCUCUCGACCUUUCCGAGGAAGACAUCUACGGUGGCAGAGAAAGACUGGCUGCAGCCUGUGCGAAACUCGACUCGAAUGGCUGGGGCACCGAUGGUAGAAUAUUUACGACGACAUGGAUCCGAGCACUCGCAAUGCUUAGUCCAAUUCGCGAGAGCAUCCUUGAGCUUUCUCUCGGCGUCCAUUCACAGUUUACAAAGUGCCAGAUCGGCAAUGUCAUCGCUCAGUUAAGGGAAAUAGUGGCUUCCUACCCGGCACAUAUCCGGUACCACCAAGAUUCGGGGCUAUCUUCACAGCCAGCUCUCGACUUGAAAAAGCGAAGUGCCUCCGACAGGUAUAUCAUCACACGUAUACACCUUGAUGUAUUACAAUGCCACUUUCUAUUGCAACGCUUACUUGUCUCACGGGGCCUCAGUGGCGGCCAGGCCCUGUUCGACAUUGCACAAGAGACGAUCAUUACCAUCUUAUCUUUGUGGUCUGAUCGCGAUCGGUUACAAGACUACCAUCACGCGUUUGACUGGAUUUUUGUCUCAAAUGGAAUGCCAAGCGCAGGAAUUCUAUGUAUCGAGCUUCUCCGAGCCAGCAAUUUAGCGCCGCCCGUAUCGACAACCAAACCGUCAACACCGACAGAGGCCACAUUUGCUCCCGUUCGGCUUUCCCGGUCGGAAGUGAUGCAGAAUCUGUCCAUGUUUAAGGCUCUGCUGGACUGGAUCCGACCCACCGAUAAUAAUGCACAGCUCAGCGACAAAUUCAAGAAAGUGUUACAAAGAAUUAUUGACUCGGUUUUCGAAGCCCUAAGUCCAGUACAUGCUGCACCGGUUUCACAGAGCACAAGUGAGCCCCCGACCCAGGAGCCGCGAGAAUUGCAUGGCGAUUCAAUAGGGUUAGAGAGCCCGUACACCAAAGGGGCCAGCCAUGAUGAUCUUGAUUUCGCAAUGACAACCAUCGAUGACAUGGACUGGCUGAACACGCCCGUUGAGAACGCAACAUUGCCAUUUUGGCAUCGAGACAUUGAUGAGCUGCAUGAUCACCGUACAACAAAAGACCUCCCUGCAUCAAGUGAUGUAGUUAUCAUCGGCGCGGGCUACGCCGGCAUUAGCACGGCCUACCACCUCGUCAAGAAUGAAGAUAGCAGGGAAGAUCUCUCAGUCACGAUCAUAGAAGCCCGCGGUGUCUGCUCAGGUGCGACGGGGCGAAACGGAGGCCAUGUCCGACCUGACAUGUACAGCCCCAUGCCUAAGCUUAUCGAACGAGGAGGUAUCGAGCGCGCACUCGAGGUCACCGAGUUCGAAAUAGCACAUAUCCAUGCCAUUAAAUAUGUCGUUGAAAAGGAAAAGAUAGACUGCGACUUCACGCUCUCUAGAUCGAUUGACGUCUGGUGCAACGAAGACGCCGCACUCAAGGCCAAGGAGCUAUAUGACACCCUAGCCGCCCGGAAUCUGGAGUACAUGAAAGAUGUCUUUUUUGUGCUUGGCAAGGAAGCAGAGGGCAUUUCAGGUGUGAAGGGUGCCAAGGCAUGUGCCUCUUUCACAGCUGGUACCAUCUGGCCCUACAAGUUCAUCCUGCACCUCACUAAAUUGAUUCUCGCAACCGGUAGCGUCAACCUCCAGACAAACACUCCAGUGACGAGUGUUAUGCGACAGGCCAACGGAUUCUUGAUCUCGACCGCACGUGGAACCACAUUCGCGCGAAAGGUGGUAUAUGCGAACAAUGCGUAUGUCGCGGGCUUACUCCCACAAUACUGCAAAGCAAUUGUACCGUGCAGAGGGCUGUGCACUCACAUCUCCACCCUCGAGGGCACGAGAGCUCCUCUCUUGAGCAAUUCCUACGUUGUGCGGGAGAAGGACAAUACCCUUUCCUAUCUUGCUCCUCGCUCGGACGGCAGUAUUGUUGUGGGAGGGGCGAACUCACGAUAUCGGCCCUUUCCCAAUCAGUGGUACAAUACCGUGGACGAUUCCACGCUCAUUAGUGAGGUGGAGCAUCAUUACGAUAAUUUCAUGCAACGGAAUUUCCAUGGGUGGGAGAAUAGUGGUGCCCGUGUGGACAAGAUCUGGACUGGGGUUAUGGGCUACAGUUGGGACUCUUUGCCUCAUGUGGGUGCUGUACCCGGGGAAGAGGAUACGUAUAUCCUGGCGGGAUUCAAUGGUCAUGGGAUGCCUGUGGUGUUUCUGUCGGCGCUGGGGAUUGCCCGGAUGAUCAAGAAUGGAGUCAGCUUUGAAGAUUCUGGAGUCCCCAAGUUGUUCGAGACAACUAGCACGAGGCUGGAAAAGAUAAAUAAUGGCCCUCCAGGGGGAGACAUCAUCACUACAAACGGAUGA